CUGCUGGUGCGGUAGACAACAAAAUCGAGGCGAAGUGUCGCGACUGUUAUGUUAGCUCCUAGACUCAAGAUUGUGGUGUUUGGUUUAGGUCUGGGAGCACUGGUUAGGGAUGCGAUCAAAGUACUUUGAAAAUGUUUGCUGUGUGUAGUGUAAACAGCUCGGCCCGACUAAGUUUAAAGUGUUGUAUUUGUGGACCAUCCUACAUCUUUUCGUACAGGAAAAAGCAUUUAACAACACAUGUUACAGAAUUAGCAGAAAUCCCUAAAGAAGUUGUGGGACUUCCAGUUGUGCAUCACCAUGGAUAUGUGUGUGAUUUACCAAAAGGUCACAGAUUUCCUAUGCCAAAGUUUCAUAAAGUUUUUGAAAUACUCUUGAAUGAUGGUAUAAUUUCUUUGAAGAAGCAGGUAAUAAAUCCGAAGCAAGUAUCAAGCAAUAUAGCAUGUUGUGUUCACACAGCAGAUUAUGUGGACAAAUUCUUUAAUGGAAGAACUACUGAAGAAGAACAAAGAGUCACUGGUUUCAUUUGGAGUCCAGGGCUGGCAAGCCGAGUGAGAUAUGAAACCGGUGGCACACUUCUGGCUGCAGCUCUGGCUCUCGAGCAUGGUCUUGCUUGUAGCACAGCGGGAGGUACUCAUCAUGCUUUUCCUGACAGAGGCACUGGCUUUUGCCUGAUAAAUGAUUUGGCUGUCACUGCAAAAUGGUUUCUGGAUCAGCAGAGGAUAGCCAGAGUGCUAAUUGUAGACCUCGAUGUACAUCAGGGAGACGGCACAGCUUUUAUCUUUAGGAAUACAAAGGAUGUGUUUACAUUUUCAAUGCAUUGCAAGAAGAAUUUUCCAUUUCGGAAGCAGAAGAGUGAUCUAGACAUCGAACUUGAUACAGGCACCAGUGAUGCUGAAUUUAUGACGCAGCUUUGUGAAAGCCUUCCUUACCUGCUGAGUACAUUUCAACCUGACCUGGUUCUGUAUGAUGCAGGAGUAGAUCCCCACAAGGAUGAUGAAUUGGGAAAGCUGCAGCUCACAGACAAAGGAUUAUAUGAAAGAGACUUCUACGUAAUGGAUACAGUUAUAAAAAAGGGUAUACCAUGUGCCACUGUUAUUGGAGGCGGUUACUCAAGAAAUAUUGAUGUCCUUGCCAGAAGGCAUUCAAUUAUCCAUAGGGCUGCAACGUCUGUGUGGUUGUCAAAUUUGUUAUAGACAUUUUGUAUUAUGUUCUAUUUUGUGUAUCAAUAAAGAGUUUUAAUUUUUGUAACAA